AUGUCAGCACUUUACCCGGUUGAAAAGGAUCCUCAACGUUUAACUAAGUACCAGCACUAUAAAUAUCAUUUAAAAUAUGAUGGAUUAAAGUUCCCCAUGUCUCUGGAUCAAAUUAAUAAAUUUGAAAAGAUGAACCCGCAGCUAUCGAUUAACGUGUACGGCUACAAAGAUACGUUUCUACGUGGUUUGGAAAUUUUCCCUGUACGCGUUAGCUCGAACACUGCGGAGAAGAAAAUUCAUCUAUUGGCUGUGGAGAAUGGGAACAGUCACCACUUUUGCUGGAUAAAAAAUUUAGCAAAGUUGGCUCGAUCGGGUGUAACAAAACACCGCCGCCAAAUUUAUUUAUGUGAUCGAUGUCUCAACUAUUUUGCAACAGAAAGCAAACUCCAACAGCAUUCAGUAAAUUGUGGUGAAAAAGAAGCGGUGCGGGUACGAAUGCCUGAAACUGAUGACGAGCGGUUCGUUGAGUUUCAGAAAUUUUCUCAUCAAGAACCAAUUCCAUAUAUUGUAUAUGCAGAUUUUGAGGCGUUAUUGGUACCACAACAUCAUGAAGACAUGGAAAUGGAUCAUGGGUCUUAUACGCAAAAUAUUCAAAAACAUGUACCCUACAGUGUAGGUUACUAUGUUCAUAAUACCCAUGAUCCCAACCAAUCGUUUUAUAAGGCAUACCGUGGUACUGAUUGCGCAAAAUGGUUUGUUAAAGAACUGGAACAGGUUGCGUAUACAUUGGAAAAGAAAAUUAAACACGUUGAACCAAUGAUACCGCUCACCAUCGAACAAGAAAUGGAGUUUCUGUGUGCAGAAAAGUGUCAUAUUUGUAAAAAAUCUUUUACACCAACAAAUAGUAUCCGCGUGCGUGACCAUUCACACAUCACAGGUUAUUACAGAGGUCCAGCACACCAAAUUUGUAACUUAAAUUAUCAAACUUCAAAGGUAAUACCUGUUGUGAUGCAUAAUUUAAGCGGAUAUGAUGCACAUUUUAUAAUAGAACCUCUGCUAACAGAAUUCGAUGGUCAUGUUGAUGUGUUGCCCAUCAACAAAGAAAAGUACAUCAGUUUUACCAAACACGUCUCGGACAUUCAAUUACGAUUCAUUGAUUCCUUUAAGUUUCUCUCUGAAAAAUUAGAUAAUCUGGCUUCCUAUUUAGAUAAUGAUAAAAAAACUAUUUUACAUAGAGAGACUACAUUCUACAAACAUCAGAAGAGAAAUACUAUCUAUAAUCCAUUACUUGAGGAAAACAAAUAUAAUUAA